GCGAUUCUUAACAGCGCCUGCGAAUGGGUCGAGCACUCUCUUACGCCUCCGAAACGACGCCGGAGUGGAGAUGAUAACAUUACUGAAAUUCUUCUCUCCCUCAUUCAAUCACUCCGCCUCGGUUUGCUUAGUCCCUUGGGUUUGCAACACCUAGUUAACCUUCUGGACGGGUAUCCGCAACAUGUUGCCUUUGAUGCCACUCUAAGCUACUGUCUCUCCUCCAUUCGAGUGCUCCUCUCGCAAAAUUUGCGCUCGCAUUUUCAAGCAGCUCUCUCUGCCAACCUCAUGCACCCUUCGCCUCUUCACGCUGCCGCCUUUCGUCCUCGUGCCGAUGUGCCCACGCUCAUUCUUGUGGCACGCCAAAACUCGCCCUCCUCAUUCAUCCUUUACUUUCUCAAUCUCCUCACUGGUAGAGUGUUAAGCAGUUCCACUCCUCUCUCUGUGGAACAUACUCUUCUUUUUGAGCCUAGUGAGAGUAACCCGAUCCACCUUUGCACCGCGGAGGCCGCCAAUUGCCAAAAUCUAGUCUUCCUUUUCAUUCAUCAAAUUAACACGGCAACUUUGAAAGGCAUGGUAUGGGAUCUGGCCACACUAGAAGCUGAAUGGAUGCCCGAUUUGGAUCUGAAACACACCUCCUUUGCAUGGGCUACUGCCUCUUUUUCCACCUUUUCUCUACCCCAUGCCGUAGGCGUGGUCUACACUGCAGACGGUCUGAUGGUCUAUUGCUCCUUCACACUGUGCACACAAACGGUGCUCUGUGUCUACCGCUUUGAUGCUCCCUCGUGGCGAUGGAUCAAGUACCAUCCCAAGGCGGUGGAACGGAGCUCUGCGGUUGGACACAAGGUACUCAAGCCUAUGUCUCAUGCGACGGCACAAGGGGUAGGGGAACGUUGGCUCUACGGCACGUUGGACUCUGCGGAGGGCAGCCAAUUCAUCCGCAUGCGACCUGCCACAGCACCUGGCUCCGGCGACUACUCGGUGCAAGUUCAAACUCUCCCUUCGCCAGACUUCAUUUUGCGUGCAUACAACUUAGUCAGCGUUCACACAUUUGCUCCUGGUGAGGACGAUGGAGGAGGAGGUGAGCUUAAUCGGUCACGUGUUUUCUUCACGUUAUUGUGCCUAAUUUCUCCAUCUCCCUCAAGCUUUGGGAUUUUUGCGAUGCUGACAAUAAAUAAUAGGCUUUAUGUAAUGUAA